AUUUAUUUAUUUAUUUACGUUUUUAAGAUCUUUCAGUUCAGCCAAAGAUGUUCUUAUGAAUGCUUUUCAGGUGUGUUUGGUGAUACAGAUGUAGUGUCAGUGAUGGAGGGAGACUCUGUCUCUCUUAACUCUAAUGUUACUGAAGUACAGAGAGAUGAUCAGAUUCUGUGGAUGUUUGGACCUAAAGAGAGGAGAAUAGCUGAACUCUAUAAGAACAGCUUUGAUAUGUUUAACAGUAAUGAGAUAUUUGGAGACAGACUGCAGCUGGACUCUUUCACUGGAUCUCUGAUCAUCAGAAACAUCAGAAGAACAGACUCUGGACUUUAUAAACUACAGAUCCGCAGCGACAGAGGAAACUCAGACAAGACAUUCAGUGUUACUGUCUACGCUCCUCUGCCUGUUCCUGUCGUCACCAGUAACUCUUCAAUCUGUUCUUCUUCAUCAUCAUCAUCAGUGUCUAAUUGUUCACUGCUGUGUUCAGUUGUGAAUGUGAGUGCUGUGACUCUCUCCUGGUACAAAGGAAACAGUUUAUUGUCCAGCAUCAGUGUGUCUGAUCUCAGCAUCAGUCUCUCUCUACCUCUGGAGGUGGAAUAUCAGGAGAACAACAUCUACAGCUGUGUGAUCAACAAUCCCAUCACAAACCAGACUCAACACAACAUCAACAUCACUCAACUCUGUCACACAUGUGCAGGCUUGUAUGGCAGUUCUGUGGGUGUGACUCCAUCCCUGAUUUAUGCUGUGGUGGGCGUGGCCGCUGUUGCUCUAAUGGUUUGUUAUGUCAGAUCUAGAAGGGACUGA